GUCGCGUCGGUGGAGCCGCGGAGUCGUCGUCGUCGUUGUUGUCGUCCGUCCCGUCCCCGCCGCAGCCAUGCUAAAGUCUUUCGCUCGCGCGAUGAACGUCGCAGCUCGCGUUUCAAACAGGGCCACCGCCGCGCGAGCCCCUCGAGCCGCGGAGCCUCUCGCGCGGUCCGCGUCGUGCGGUCCCUUCACGCGCUCCGUCUGGAUGCUGUGCCACAGCGGCUCUCACGGAGGCAGGCCGCGACUGAUCCCCUCCAAGAGUCUCCUCCCGUCGGCGUCGUGCGGUUGCGGGGGUCUUCACACAGACGGUGACAAAGCAUUUACUGAGUUUCUCUCUGAUGAGAUUAAAGAGGAAAAGAAGAUCCAGAAAAGCAAGACCCUUCCCAAAAUGUCUGGUGGAUGGGAGCUCCAGCUAAAUGGCGCUGAAGCAAAACUUAUUCGCUCUGUCUCUGGAGAGAAAGUGACGGUCACGUUCAACAUAAACAACAGCAUCCCCCCGAACAUGGAGGAGGAAGAGGCAGAGCAGGGCCAGAAGGCAGAGGACAGUGAGCCUGAAAUUGUCUCAACGCCCAACUUUGUUAUUGAAGUGGUGAAACAGGGUACCAAAAAUUCCCUGGUGUUUGACUGUCAUUUUCCAGAGGAUGAGAUUGGUCAUAGCGAAGGUGAAGAGGAAAGUGAUAUCUUUGCCAUACGGGAGGUCAGUUUCCAGCCUGACGGAGAGGCAGACUGGCACGAGACCAGCUACACACUUAACACAGACUCUCUGGACUGGGCGCUGUAUGACCAUUUGAUGGACUUCUUGGCUGACCGGGGCAUUGACAAUGCAUUUGCGGAUGAGUUGAUGGAAUUAAGCACAGCCUUGGAGCAUCAGGAAUACAUCAAGUUUCUGGAGGACCUCAGUAGCUUCAUCAAAUGUCACUGAGGUUCAUAGAGGUUUUGCAGUCUCUACUUCUAGCUAACCUGAAAUAUUAGUGUGUUAAAUAAAAGGUACAACAGCAAA